UCCAACACCUACACCCUCCUUUCAAUCUCACUGGCCUUCAUCCCAGUCAAAAACCACAUCAACACUCUCUACUCUUGUUCUCUUCCUCUCUCAAUUCCCACCACUUUACCAUCGGCAAUUACGACUGAAAUAGAUAAGGAAAUGAUGGUGUCUCCAGCAGCUGACGAUUCCCAGACCUCAGGAGGGCCCAAGAGCACCACCACCCCUCUUCGCCCACCGGAGCAGGGCCUCAAGUGCCCGCGGUGCGACUCCCCCAAUACUAAAUUCUGCUACUACAACAACUACAGCCUCACGCAGCCAAGGCACUUCUGCAAGACGUGCCGCCGGUACUGGACCAAAGGCGGCGCCCUCCGCAACGUGCCUGUCGGUGGUGGCUGCCGUAAGAACAAGAAAUCCAAAUCGUCGGCCUCCAUCCGCCUCCCCCUUGAUCCCACCAACCCCAUCACCGCCGGGAUCCCUGAACCUGGCGGUGGCCUCAAAUUCCUCGCCGGGCCCUCCCCGCCUGCAGUCGACUUCCAGCUAGGCGUCCUCCCGUUCACAAGGCUGCACGCUCCAACCACUUGUGGGGUCUUGAGCAUCGGCAACCAAUUCAUCUCCUUCGAGGACUUCUCCUCAUCCACUGCUAUCUCAUCUCCGGCUGCCACGAUGGCUUCUUCUAUGGGGGGAUUUAACUAUCCAACUUCUUCCAUCGGGUUCUAUAGCGACGUAGGUGGUGGCUCUUCCCCAACCGCGAAUAGCAAUACGCUCGGUAAUAUUGCUUCUUCAAUUGAAUCCUUGAGCUCUGUAAACCAAGACAUUCAUUGGAAGCUUCAACAGCAGAGGCUGGCUAUGUUCUUUGGAAGGGAGACCCGAAGGGAGAGCAGUGUAUCUCCUCUUCCAACCCCUUUUCUGGAGAACCAGCCAGAGCCCGUCUCUUUUCAGGUGCCAGAGAGCUCCAGAGCUCAUGUUUGUGGGAACAAUGGGUCGAGAAGUGGAUGCGUUAGCAGUACUGAAACGCCACCGACAUGGUUUAUUGACAGUUCUUACACGAUGCCCACCUCCGCCACCGCCAAUAACACCACCAAUUCCCACAACAUCAGCGCCGCCACCACCAACAACCAAAACAACAACAAAAACAGCGGCGACAACAACUCUAGCAAUUGGAAUGGAAUCCCAGCUUGGAAUGACAUGACACAGUUUGCUAGUCUGCCUUGAGUAGAAACGGUCAAACGGGAAUGGAAGUAUAUGUUUCCAAUGCGAUCAUAUUUCAUGCUCUUUUCUGGUUCUCCAGUCUUCUUAGUUUGCAGUUAAAGCAAUAUGGGGAGGCGAGAAUGAUUUAAUGUUUUCUUAAAGAGGGUGAUUGGUGGGCUGUGUUCAAUGUCUUCUGAUGUUGCUCUGCUGCUUGGUGCUUUUGCGCGCUCUCUCUCUCUCUCUCAACUUUGUAUGUCUUCUUUCGUUUCUUCUGGUUUUUUUCUGAUAAUCUUGUUACAAAGC